CUUUGGCAAUUCAGCUAAAACUUUAGUAUAAAUAGUGCGGGUUUUUAGAAGUUCUUCACAUUUGGUCUGUGUCUACAUCACCAAUCAAGAUGUGGUCAACAGUGGCUUUGUGUUUGUUGGUUGGACUUUCUUAUGUCUCCUCAUCCUCGCCAGCCUGGAAAGAUAAUACGGAGUAUGUCUAUUCAGUAAAUGGUCGUACACUAACCGGACUUGAAGAAACCGCUGAUCAGUAUUCUGGUGUCUUUCUAAAAGCCAAAUUACAUCUCUCUAUUCGUCCUGAUGGAAAGCUCCAAGGCCGAAUUUCUGAACCUAAAUUUGCUCAGAUUCACACUCAGUUACCUGAUGGGUGGAAAUCAGAGAUUCCUGAUUCACAAAUUAGUUACAAGCAAUUACAACUUUCUCAAAAACCAUUUCAACUGGUUUUAGAGAACGGUUUAAUUAAGAGACUGAUUGUGGAGAAGGACACUCUAAACUGGGAGGCCAAUAUCAUCAAAAGUAUUGUAAGUCAAUUCCAAAUGGAUUUACAGGGAGAAAAUGCCUUGCAGAACCCCACCAGCAGCUUUCCCACUAAUGAAUAUAUGGAUGCCGUUUUUAAAACCAUGGAAGAAACUGUAACAGGCAAAACUGAAACGAUCUAUGACAUUCACCGUCUUCCAGAAUAUUUAGUUCAAAGUCAACCUUGGAUUGCUCCUCAAUAUAAACUGAAAGGUGAAGGAGACCUUAUUGAAGUCAUAAAAUCAAAGAAUUAUACCAACGCUCGUGAUAGGCCUUCGUACCACUAUGGCUUUGGAGAAAUUGAAGAAUCAGAACCAACUGCUAAUAAAAUGGGACAGUUCUUUAUAAGACAAUCAAAUUCUAGAGCUAUUCUUACUGGAAAACCCUCUAGAUAUAUUAUUCAAAGCACUUAUACCGUUAACAAGAUCAUGGUUAAUCCAAUUCUUAAGAAUAAAGAAAUGGGAUCUAUUACAAGUAUGGUCAAUGUCACAUUACUAGCAAUUAACAACCAACAACAACAGCCUGAAGAACUUUCCAAUCCUUUAGACAUUGGAAAUUUAGUAUACACUUAUGGACAACCUAAAAACAACCAAGUACAUUCAAAAUUAAAUGAAAAUCUCAUGGAAGAUUCAUCCAGCGAAGAGAGUAGUGAACAGGAAAUGACUCAUAGAAGAUUCCGCCGGUCAGCCAACUCUCUUACAAAACAAUGGAGAGAAAGUUCUGAAGAAUGGAAUCAACAACAACAACAACCCCGUCCUCAGUUAACUAGAGCUCCGCAUUCCCCACUUCUUCCAUCAAUGGUUGGCUAUCACGGAAAAUCAAUUAAAGAAAAUAAAGACUUUGAUAUCAGACAAAAUGUUGAAAAUCUAGUUACGGAAAUCAGUGACGAAAUUAAGCAAUCAGAAAAAACCAUCUCUAAACAUACCUUGGAUAAAUACACUAUCCUGAAUACUCUUGUUCGCCUGAUGGACGAAGACGAUAUUCAAUUUGUAGCCGAGCAGAUGUAUUCUCAGAUGAAAAACGGACAGCAGCGUUAUACCUGGAGCAUUUUCCGUGACUCCGUAGCUGAAGCUGGAACUGGACCAGCCCUUUUGAACAUUAAGAAAUGGAUAGAAACCAAAAAAAUCCAAAAAACUGAAGCUGCACAAGUAAUUGGUACUCUAGCCCAAUCAACACGUUUCCCAACUGAAGAAUAUAUGCGCAAGUUCUUUGAAUUGGCAACUGAAACUCAAGUCAGACAACAAGAAACACUGAAUCAAACAUGUAUUCUAUCUUAUACCAACUUAGUUCACAAAGUAUACAUCAAUAGAAAUGAAUCUCACAAUCAGUUUCCGGUUCAUGCCUUUGGAAGUUUCUAUACUAAAAAAGGAAGAGAAUUUGUCAAGACUACUGUAAUCCCCCAUCUCAAGCAGGAAUUAGAAAAAGCGAUUAGCAAUGCUGAUAACAAUAAAAUUCAUGUAAUGAUCCGAGCUCUUGGAAACAUUGGGCACAAAUCUAUCCUAAACGUGUUCCAACCCUAUUUCGAAGGAGAAAAGCAAGUUUCUCAAUUUCAGAGAUUAAUGAUGGUUGCCUGUAUGGACCGACUGGCUGAUUGUUAUCCGCAUAUUGCACGUUCUGUUUUUUAUAAGAUCUACCAAAAUACUGCCGAGCUUCCUGAAAUUCGUGUUGUAGCAGUUCAUCAACUUAUCAGAGCUAAUCCACCCGUAGAGAUGCUUCAACGCAUGGCUCAAUAUACCAACACUGACUCCCAAGAAGAGGUUAACGCUGCAGUUAAAUCUGUCAUCGAAAGCUCAUGUAAACUUGAAUCAUCCAAACAUGCUGAAUUACGGAAAGCAGCUCAGUCCGCUAGACCUUUGCUCACGAAGAAGCAAUAUGGAAUGGAACAAAGUUAUAUUAACUUGCGUGAUUAUGUGGCUGAACAAAUGGGUCUUGAACUUCACGUGCAAAGAACUAGCCAUAGUAGUGCUGAAAGCAGUUUCCCGAAGAUUAUGAAAUUCCAACUCCACCAACAUAACCAUGGAAUGAAACAGCACAUUCUGUCUACCGGGGGAAUGAUAUCCAGCAUCAGGGAGCUUUUGAAUGUUUUAUAUAGACAAACUGAAGUCUUCCAACAAGAAAAAUCUCAGAGAUCGCAGGAACAAGGUAAAGACAACGAAUGGUCCAGCGCCAAUAUUGCUCGGUUAAUGAACUAUGAACGCGAUGAACGUGAACAGUUAGAAGCUAUUAUUUAUGCUCAAGUUGAAGAUGUACAAAAACUUUGGUCUUUCGAUAACCAAACUUUAGAGCAUCUCCCAGAAGUUAUUCGUCAGCAAGAAGAAAUUUACAGACAAGGAAAAGAUUUUAGCUAUGUCAAGCUUAAACAGCUAAAUGAAAUGGCACUCUCCUUCCCUACUGAAAUGGGUCUGCCUUUCUUGUAUACCUAUGAUGUGCCUGUGUUGAUGAAGGUUGAAGGAAAAAUUAGAGCUCUUGCCAACCCUGCUAUUUCCAGAAACAACAAACUCUCUAAACCUGAACAAAUUUCUACUGAAAUUAAAGCUAGAGUUACCUGUACUGGCAAAACUCAAAGCCAUUUGUCUUUCGUAACUCCAUUUGAUCAUCAAAUCUAUAUGGCUGGUUAUGACAAGAAUAUGUAUGUUAGUAUCCCAGUCAACGCAAGGCUCGAAAUGGAUGUGAAAUCUAAGGAAGCUAAAAUUGAAUUCGAAGUUGAACAACAGCAACAAGAUUCUCGUUUAGUGCACAUUACUAGCACUCCCUACACCUCAAGAAGUGAUGUUAUGGCAAUUAGUCCUGUAGCUUUGAGACCAAACACAUAUGUAAUUAAGUCCCACAGGAACAACCACAGAUAUUUUGACUUCAAUUUCGGCAAAAAAGAAACUGGUUUAACAUUCCGGGGAUGGGGACACCAUCCUGAACAAAGUAUCGGAUUUAAUGAUUUAGUAUCUAUGUGGCAAUCACGCGGAGUUGCUGGUGUAUGGGAACAAUUAUGGGACAAAUGUUCUACUGAAUAUAGCGAAGCUACCAUCAGUUUUAUUCCAAGUCAAUCUACUACCCGUAAAGCUACUUUCCGUAUUAAUGUUGAUCAAAAAUACCAGAAACAACCUGAGACUCAAAGUCCAGAAGAUCUUCUAACCUUAAAUCAACUUUCAUCUAAAUUGCAAAAAGAUGAACCUAAACAACGUCAACAAGAAAUUAAAAAACACGUCGGGUCCGGUAUCAACAGCGCUUUAUUGUCAUGCUCCGAUAUCUCUCUUGAAUUUGAGGGAGAUAAGAAAUACGAACACGUAGUCGGUUUUGCCGUUGCAAAGAGUAAUGCUGAUCCUAAAUCAAGAGUUAUGUUCUAUUACAAAAACAAAAAUGAAAAUAAACAGGGAGCUUUGGAAAUCAGAAGCGAAAUUCCUAACACCAAUGGAUUGAAUCUAGAUGAUUCCUUGGAUACUGAGCCUUCCACCAAAUACAACAUGCGAUUGCAGUACGGAAAUAGCGAAAAUGAUGCUUUUGAAAUUUCUGCUCAAGCUCAACUUAGUAGAAGCCAGGAACGAAAGCAAUAUUUAAUUAACCAAGAUCCAUUGUACCAUGUAUGUAAGGAGCAAAUGCAACAAAAGAACUUCCAACUACCAGCUUGCCAAAACAUGACUAUUAAAGCCAACUUCCUCGACCACAUUAAAUAUCAAGUUCAGUAUCAAAAAUUGAACUGGAAGCUGGUUGAAACUUUGGAAGGAAUGUUUAAGGGAUUGAGAGUAUUAUACUAUCCAAUGACUGAAAUUAAAUCAAUUUCUUCUGUCGGUCAAAAUGUCGUAGAAGGAGAAGUUCAAUUCCAGCCAGAAGAUUUUAGACAAGUCAAUGUAACAGUAAGAAAUACUGAUGAAGAAACUGUAUUCUUCAACAUUUCUUUAAAUAAUGAACUUUUGAGAACGCUCCUGGUCCCUCAUCCAGUGUUCCAUGCUAAAUGUAGAUUUGCUGGUUUAAUGCAAGGUCAACAAAAUUACAGACCCACAUGCGUGAUUGACCAAACCACUGCUCAAACGUUCAGCAAUAAGACCUACUCAGUUAAUCUUGACAAAGAACCCACUGUAGUAAUGCAGUAUGUUCCCAAAGAUGCUAGAGUUAAUGGACAGCAGUCAAAAUCCGUUGAACAAUUACUGAGAGAAAGCAUUGAAAACUAUGUUGUUCUUGUCCGUCAAGUCGCUGCCAAUCAAAAAGAAGUAAUCAUCAACUUAAACCAUCCCAGAACUCAAGGAAAAACUGUUAAGAUUGAAAUGAAACCAUCAGAAGACAGACAAAAAUCUGCUCGCAACCCAGCUGCUAAAGUCACUAUUGAUGGACAAGAGAUGCACUUCGAUGAUAAGCAAAUCGCCGAUAAGUGUGAUGGAUAUGUUCAAGUAUAUGCUUUACCCAACGGAGAAGUUAAACUUGAAGUGGAAGAUGCUUUUUACCUGAUUUAUGAUGGGCAACGUGUCAAAGUAACUGCCACUGGCAACAAGCUUCGAGACUCAGUAUAUGGUUUGUGUGGAAGAUUCAGUCAAGAUAAACAUGAAGACUUUACAGUUCCUUCAAACUGUGUUACAAGAGAUACUCGUAAGUUUGUGGAAAGUUACCAAGUUGAAAAGGGUCAACAAUGGCGCAACUCUCCUUCUGAACAAUGCAUAAAGAAAGUAUUACCAUUGUACACUAAUGUAAUCUCCAACCAGAAUGGUUCCCAAAUGAGAACAAAACUUGCCAGUGGAACUGUAAUGAAACACCGCUACAUUGAAGAAAAUGGUGAAAUUUGCUUUACCAUUCGCCCACUACCAGUCUGCAACACCUCAGUCAAACAAGUCGUGACAAAAAACGUUCCUGUUCACUGUAUCCAAGGAACCAAGACCGCUUAUUACUACAAAUCCCUAAUUGAUCAAGGAGGAAACCCAGAUUUCAGCCGUAAGAGUGAAACUAGGACAGCUCGCAUGGAAGUAGCAGCACAAUGCAACUAAAAUUAUUAGCCAAUGCAUAUAGGAAGUAAAUUUAUAUUUAUUAUUUAGGACGAGCAUAAAAAAUGUAAAAAAAAUCUAUAUAAAAUAAAGAUAUCACAGUCAAUUAAA